AUGGCUGCAUCUAAAAAGAAAUAUUCAUUUGAACGUUGGAGAAAGAUCGAUUUAUUAGAUUUAGCAGAUAAAUUAAAUAUAUAUAUUGCUACCAGUGCUAAAAAAGACGAUGUUAUAAAAAUUUUAGAAACAUAUUUGGACUCUCUCGAUUCUCCAUUAGAUACGUUAGAGUAUCCAGAAUUAUCGCAAUAUUAUAGUUCCUUUCGAGAUGAUGAUUAUGAUUCAGAUUCUGAAAGAAGUAGGUUACGACUAAGACCUAAAGUAGAAAAUACAAGUGGUCAGGAGAGUGAUGAAUAUGAAAAUGAAAACCAAAAUGAAAAUGAAAAUGAAAAUGUUGAGUUUUUAUCAUCUUUAAAAAAUAUACAUGAUAAUAAAUCUUUUGAAAAGUCAGAAUUGAAGGAUAUUUUGGAUAAUGAGAACAAGGAAAUUAAACACGAACAAAAUUUAAAUAAACCUCCCUACGUUCAAAAAAAUUAUAUUAACAAUUUGUUCUUUGGUGAUGAAAAAUCAGAUGAGACUGUAAGAAGUUUCAAAUUUAAUCUCCAUGAAUAUUUUACAGAUAUUGUUCAAAAGACUUCAGAAUAUAAUGAAAAUAUUCAAUUAUAUUUGUCCAAUCUAGAAACAGUAUAUAGAAUCUUUGCUCUUGUGGAAUUCAUGUCUCUCCUUUAUGGUAUACAAAAGGUGGUUAAAAGAGAUUGUCAAAAUGGACAUGAACUGAAUGUAAAAGAACAUUUGACAAUGGAUUUUACCCCACAAUUGGAAUAUACGGAGAUUUUGAUUAUUUGUUUAAUGUGGUUAAUUAGUUACGUUGGGAUUCCAAUUCUGAUUGGUUAUUAUUUCAAUUUUGCUCGUGAAGUCUUUGAUUUAUCUGUUGAUCAAAUGGUUUAUAAUUUAGCGAAAUUAUUAGUGAUAUAUUUCAUCCACUCAAGUUCAUUUUUUACCAAUAGUUGCAAUGCUGACUAUAAUAAUAGUGCCAAUGAUUUUGUGAAUUUUGUCAACAAUCUUAUUGGUAGACAACAGACAUACUUGAAUAGAUUUGGGUAUUAUGUGAAAAUAAUUACAGUGUCAUUAGGUAAUGCACCAUUUGUUUUCACAACUAUUUCAUCUAUACUAACAAUUUAUGUUUAUAUAUUGUAUGUGUUGUAA